UCUUUGCAACGCCAUUUGUACGAGUUUAGAGUUGCCACAGACACAUGCCUUGCCUCUCUUUUUGCUUCCGGUACCGACCCUUUGUCUACCCGGAUCAUGCCUUGUUUCACAUCUCGCGACAUUAAUCAAUUGCCCAUGCACGCUGCAGCUGGUUACAUGCAUCUUGCAUUCACCGAAGCCACCACACGCAUCGGCCACCUCAGCUUGUGCGGCGUCGUUGCGAAGCGGCAGCAAAUGCGGGACGGCGAUUCGCACAGCGGCAGGUUUAGCGCUCCUGCAACCGGAUUCCAGGGCCUGGCGCACGGCCGCUCGCCCGCUAAUCAGGUCGCCUCGCCCGCUGCAGGCCACCACACGAGACGCUACAAGUGCUGUGGCAUGCGCGCAAACCGCUCUGCAGCUGACCCGGCCCGGCAUCUUAUAAAUUUUGCACUGCUCACUCUCUCCUCUCCUCUCCUCUCCUCUCCUCUCUCUCUUAUAUCUUCCCCCUCUUCCUCUUCUUCUCCUCUGCGUUCCGCCUCUUUGCCUCUCGUUUGCGCGUUAUUCCCCAUCUCUUUGCCUGCACCUCCCUGCAUCUCUCUUCUCUCCCUCUUCACGUGCACCCAGCGCUCAGCAUCUCAGCUACCGCCCAAGUGCCGACGGUGCCUUAUCGCCUCACUAGCAGCAAAAACUCCCCUGUAAAACCCUCCCGCUGGUGGCUCGCCGCCCAAUCACAGCGCCCUCCCUGUCUGUUCCAGAGGGCUGAACUGCCGCUAAAAUCGCCAGCAGCGAGCCUCGUGAUCCACCUUUAUCCGUCGUCGCACGGGGAACGUCACCGCAACGUACCGACCCGAAAACCGCCAACUGAGAAGCUUCAGAAACGGCCAGACAAAAACUUGCUUCUCCCCCAU